UCACUUCUUCCGCCCCGGCGCUCUGAGGCGAGGCCGGUUCAGCGCCGGCCACGACCCUGGUUAUCACCUGCGAGACCGGCCCCGGCAUCUCCCUGGCUGGGCCGCGCGGCCGGCAUGGCGCGGCUGGAGGUGGACUGGGCCUUCCUCCGCUCGGCGCGGGGCGCGCUGAAGAUCGCCCGCACGCUGGUGGCGCUGAUCGCCUUCAGCUGCUUCCUGGGCUUGGGCACGUACGAGGCCUACACGGCGCUGGCCGGCACGGAGAUAGUGAUCACCUCCCUGUUCCUGCUGCUCUACCUACUGAGGCUCAACACGCGGAUGCGGUGCCUUUACUGGCCGCUGGCUGAUAUUCUCAACUCGGUGAUUUCAGCGUUGUUCCUCCUCGCUAUGAGCUUGUUUGCACUAAUAACCAAGACCAGCAAGGGGACGUUGACUGGAGGAGUGUUUGGUGUUAUAUUGCUUGUUCUCUGCAUUGUUGACAUCGUUCUUCUUUGCAAGAAGAUUAGCCUAGAUAAAGCAAGAGGAAGGAGUGCUCCUGCUCAAUAAAAUUGGUGUGUUAGUGAAAGAAUGAGUUCUCCGUUCCGUUUCAGCAUUCUCUUUUAAAGAAUUUGCGUUUUCACGUGCUCAGUUUUGAAUUUCCUGUUCACUGAUGUUUCUGCAAGUAUCAUUCAUAACAUUUCAUACUUUUCCAAAUGCAGUUUCAGUGUUGCAAUUUCACCAGUUAAAGCUUCAGAUAAAAUUGUUGUGUUUUUCUAAAUUUAAUUGUUUUCACCUGUAUGAAAAUUUUCGUGGUUGUCUUCUUUAAAUAAAAAGAAAAUA